AUGGCAGAGGUUCAACCCAUUUUUGAGACUUUGGCUCCCCGACUAACAGAAGAACUUCCUGAAGAACUUUCAGAUGAAGAAGAUCUCAGAAUUCUUUUGGUUGGAAAAACAGGGGUGGGGAAAAGUGCAACAGGCAACAUCAUCUUGGGAAAAAAAGUUUUUAAAUCAGAGAUAUCAUCUUCUUCGGUUACCAGACAAUGUGAAAAAUUUGAUGCAAUAGUGAAGGGAAGAAAAAUAUCAGUCAUUAACUCUCCAGGUCUGUAUGACACCGGCUUGAGUCAAAAUGAGGGGAUCAACAGAGUUCCGGGCUGUAUCCCCCUUUCUGCUCCUGGUCCACAUGUCUUCUUAAUUGUGAUUCAGGUGGGCAGAUUCACAGAAGAAGAGUCAAAAGCUGUUCAAAUCAUCCAAGCAGUUUUUGGCCAAGAAGCCUCCACAUAUUCCAUGGCCUUGUUUACUCACGGAGAUCAACUGAAGGGCAAAAGCAUUCAUAGAUUUGUUCGUGACAGUCCAGAACUGGUCAGUUUCAUCAAAACCUGCAGUGGACGAUAUCACGUGUUCAAUAAUGAAGAUAAGAGUCCAAAUCAGGUCAUUCAGUUACUGGACCAGAUUGAUAAAAUGGUGACUGGAAAUGGUGGGCAGCAUUACACCAGUGGGAUUCUCGAGAGCGCAGAGAGAGCAAUUGAAGUAGAGAAACAACGUAUCCUGAAGGAGAAUGAGAUGCAGAGACUCAAAGAGAUUGAAGAACUGAGAGCUAAAUUCAGAGCUGAGGUGUAAAAAAAACUAAUCAAGAGUUUAGGUUUACACUGCAAAAAAUGACUUUC